AAUGGGGGAUAAUAAUAAACUUUGGAAGCAUUAUAAGCAAUUGACUGAAAACUCAAAGGCACAACCUCCAGUGUGUUCUCUAAUCUUCAUCCUUAGCCAAUUUGAAAAUUUCAAUUCUUCCUUCUAUUUUUCCGUAUUUGGAAAGCUACAAGAUUGGCUGGUUCCCUCUGAUUCAUUUGUUUUGGCGUGAAGAAGAAAAGUAAGAGAAGUUUGGGCAAAAGGGUGUUCGGCCAUUUUUCCUGAAGAGAGGGAAAAAGAAGGAACAGAAAAUGGUGCUUAUAAGCCUUGGGAUGAAGAAUCAAAAGGAAGUAAUGCGACUUGGGAAAUAUGAAUUGGGUAGGACUCUUGGUGAAGGCAAUUUUGGUAAAGUUAAGUUUGCUAGGAACACUGAUUCUGGACAACCGUUUGCUGUUAAGAUCAUUGAGAAGAACAGGAUCAUUGAUCUCAAUAUCACGAAUCAGAUAGAGAGGGAAAUUGACACCUUAAAGCUCCUCAGGCAUCCCAACGUUGUUAGAUUGUAUGAGGUUUUGGCUAGCAAAACAAAAAUUUAUAUGGUGCUCGAGUACGUGAAUGGAGGGGAAUUAUUUGAUAAAAUUGCAUCCAAGGGUAAACUUACCGAAGGUGAAGGUAAAAAAAUGUUCCAACAAUUGAUUGAUGGGGUGAGCUAUUGCCACAAUAAAGGUGUCUUCCACAGGGAUCUCAAGCUUGAGAAUGUACUUGUGGAUGACAAAGGGAACAUAAAGAUAACCGAUUUUGGCCUCAGUGCCUUGCCCCAGCAUCUUAGGGCAGAUGGAUUGCUGCAUACAACUUGUGGAAGUCCCAACUAUGUUGCACCAGAGAUUCUUGCUAAUAGGGGCUAUGAUGGUGCAACAUCAGAUGCAUGGUCAUGUGGGGUUAUAUUGUAUGUAAUCCUAACAGGAUACCUACCUUUUGAUGAUAGAAAUCUUGCAGUUCUCUAUCAAAAGAUUUGUAAAGGAGAUGUUCAAAUACCAAAAUGGCUAUCACCUGAUGCACAAAACAUGAUAAAGAGGAUUCUUGAUCCCAACCCGGAAACACGGAUGACAAUGGCUGGGAUCAAAGAUGAUCCAUGGUUCAAGCAGGGCUAUAUUCCAGCAAAUCCUGAGGAUGAGGAAGAGGAUGUACAUAUUUACAAUGGAGCCUUUUCCACCCAUGAAGAGCCACUUGAAGCAGAACAUAGAGAUCCAGGAUCACCAACCCUUAUCAAUGCAUUUCAAUUGAUAGGGAUGUCUUCAUGUUUAGACCUCUCUGGCUUCUUUGAGAAAGAGGAUGUCUCUGAGAGAAAGAUAAGAUUUACAUCAAAUCUUUCAGUUAAAGAUCUGAUAGAGAAGAUUGAGGACACAGCGACAGAAAUGAAAUUUAGAGUCCAGAAGAAAAAUGGCAAAUUGAAAGUAAUACAAGAUAACAAGGUGCACAAAACUCUUGGCCACCUCUCCGUGGUAGUAGAGGUGUUUGAAAUUAGCCCUUCAUUGUAUGUAGUAGAAUUAAGGAAGUCUUCUGGAGAUGUUUCUGAAUAUAAACAGUUAUGCAAGAAGUUAUUGAAUGAUUUGGGUGUUCCCCCAACGCAAGCGCUAGUGAGCUCAGAAAUAAAUUAGAAGCCACAUAUAUUGUAUAAGUAUAGCUGUGUAGGUUAUUUUUUAGCUUGGGUCGGAUAUGUAGAUGAUCUAAAAAGCAAUAGCAACAAAGUGCAUUAUAGUUAAAGAAUAAGUAAAUGCAUAUAUAUGUUAGAAAGAUAUAGCAACAGUUUUGAAUUUAGCAAUCCAUUAAAGAAAAAUAUUAAUUUCAAUCCUUAAAAUUAAGGAUAAGCAAUUCAAAGUGCUUAACUUCUAUUUAAAAAAAAUCAUUUAUUAUCUUGAGUAUUUGAAAGUGUAAUAAAUAUUAUAAUUUUU